AUGUUCGCGGCAUGCACCUCACGCUUCGGAUGGGAUCAGGCGCAACUCUCCUGGGCCAGCCGCGUGCUGAAGGACGCCCACCAGGCAGCCGUGGAGGCGGCAGACCAAGGGUCUCUGCCAGAAUGGCUUCAAGAGGAGCGCGUCUCGGAGUCGCCCAUUAUCAUUCCCUCGCCCCAGCCCCUGCCGUUGCCAGCGCCCGACCCGUUUCUGAACGUUGACUGCACCUUUGCCUGGCUCUUGGGAGUGUCACCAUCAUGCGAGAACGCCACUGGGCGCCGUUUACGUCACGACGUUUUCGGGGCGGGCGCCUGGAGGAUCAUGGAAGUAUGCCUGCUGAACGCUGAGAACGUUCCAGAUGGGUGCCUGCUGUCCAUCAGCGCUGGCGGGUCCAGGAGACAGGCGCCGCUGGCAGCCAAGCAGAAGUUCGCCUUCAGCAACUCCUCCUUCGCGGCGGCGGUGGCCGCCGGCGGCAGUGGCCUCAAGGUGGACCUGCUCUCUGUGAAGGGCAGCGCGUGCGUGGGCUCUUCUGAGCUGCUGCCUGGCCUGCAAAAGGCCUUUGGCGCGGGCUCAGCAGGAGAAGGCACCGGCCAUGAGCUGGAGGUCGUGAUGCCCCAGGCUGGUGACGAGGAGCUGAUGAAGCUGAACUUUUUCAUCAAGCCUGCAAAGAAAGAGGACCGAGAGCACGACAUGAUACCGCCGUCAGGCCCCAGCACGUUUCGAGAAUCAGAGGUGAUGCCCACGGAUUAUUUGAAGCAGUCGGUGCUGCUGGACCGCACUCUUCCGUUGCCUCCGGGGCCCAAAGCGCACUCGCAGAGUAGCACCAUGCGCCCCUCGCGGCGACACCAUGCUGCACUGCAGGCGCGGUCCUAUUUGGAGGACCACAACAUCCUGCCCUUCGUGGAGCGGUUGCUCAAGACUUUGGUGCAGGAGCGGCCGGUGGAUCCCUGGGGUGCCAUUGCAGCAUUAUUGCCCGAGGUGGCAUUUCCGGAGCUCAAUAAGAAAGGGCAGCUCGAGAAGCUCGAUGAGGAGCCCGAGGCGUCGCCGAAGCACUGGAACCUGAUGCCGUCGGUGGGCACCUGGUACAUGAUUCCCAAGCCGGCGAAGGAUCAAGCGUGCCAUGCGUCCAAAGAGGACGGGCGCCUGUGUCGGCACGCGAAGAGGAACGGGCGGAGCAUGCAGCGGUCGCGGGCCGAUUCGUGGAGGAUAUUGUUUCUGCGGCCAGCACGAGACCUCGAGUUCAUUCAUGCGGCACCUCCCCAAUGGAGAGCGCUGCGAACACCGAGGUUGAGCGAAAGGAGCCGGAGUCCAAGCCGGAGCCGGCGGAGCCGGAGGCGGAGGCGAAAGCACCUCCACUUCCCACUGGCAAAUCAGAGGUCGGAGUUCAGGUGGACCCUUCGGAGUUCCCGCAGGAGACGCCUCGCGCGGAGCCAGACGUUCCUGCGCCGCUUCCAGAGGCACCGCAUCAGCGGUUGCGCGAGCACGCAGCAGCCGCGCUUCUGA